GCGUCCCCCUUCCACGAGCGGAGCUUAUGGCUGCUGAGCAGAAACCGACUUGGGCCCAGGUGCCUGUGACCUUCGAGGACGUUGCAGUGUGCUUCACGCGUGAGGAGUGGCGCCGGCUGGGCCCUUGGCAGAGACGGCUGUACCAGGAGGUGAUGCUCGAGAACUACAGCCACCUGGUCGCCCUGGGAUUAUCCUUGACCAAACCCAGCGUGAUCUCCUUGCUGCAAAGAGAAGAUUUCUGGAUGGUGAAAAAAGAAGGUUCUGGAGAUGCCUGUCCUGGAUGGAAGAGCAUCAGUCAGACGGCCAAGCCAACUCAGACCCGAGGCUCAUUCCAGGCGCUGACGGGGAAAAGCGCUAACAGGAAGGGGCCCUGGGACUUCAAAUCAGAAGACAGCUGCGCCUCCAAAGAUAGAGCAGAGAAGAAAGGAAGUGUCCAGCCAACCUCAUGCACACACCAGAAAACGCUGGCCACAGGAAGGAGGCCCAGGAAUGCUGACUCUGACCAGACCCGGGGCCCAAAGACAGACAUUGAGGGGCAGCAGAUAGUUCCCCAAGAAAACCCACUGCCGACCGGCAAACUACCGGGAAAUAGAUUCAAAUGGAACUCGGCUUCACCCAAGGAGUCUCAGUGCGACAGCUCAGAGAGGCGCUUGCGGUGCAGCUUCUGUGAAAAGACCUUCAUUAACACAUCGUCCCUGCGGAAGCACGAGAAGAACCACAGCGGGGAGAAACUGUUCAAAUGCAAAGAAUGCUCUAAAGCCUUCAACCAGAGCUCGGCACUGAUCCAGCACCAGAUCACACACAGCGGCGAGAAGCCCUACCUGUGCAAGGAUUGCGGGAAGGCCUUCACGCUCAGCACGUCCCUGUAUAAGCACACGAGGACGCACACGGUGGAGAAGUCUUACCGCUGCAAAGAGUGCGGGAAAUCCUUCAGCCGCCGCUCUGGGCUCUUCAUCCAUCAGAAGGUCCACGCGGGAGAAAACCCGCAGAAAUAUCACCCGGGCAGGAAAUCUGCCCUCCCGGAUGCUCCGAGGUCCAACGCCCGCAAGAAGUCCUACCUGUGUAGCGCGUGCGGCAACGCCUUCAAGUCCAGCUCGUCCCUGCGCUACCACCAGCGCAUCCACACAGGCGAGAAGCCGUUCCGCUGCGGCGAGUGUGGCCGCGCCUUCAGCCAGAGCGCCUCGCUCAUCCAGCACGAGCGCAUCCACACAGGCGAGAAGCCGUACCGCUGCCACGAGUGCGGGAAGGGCUUCACGUCCAUCUCCCGCCUCAACCGGCACCGCCUCAUCCACACCGGGGAGAAGUUCUACAGCUGCAGCGAGUGCGGGAAGGCGCUGAGCUCCCACUCGACCCUCAUCAUCCACGAGCGCAUCCACACCGGGGAGAAGCCGUGCAAGUGUAAGGUGUGCGGGAAGGCGUUUCGGCAGAGCUCGGCCCUCAUCCAGCACCAGCGGAUGCACACCGGGGAGCGGCCCUACACGUGCAGUGAGUGUGGGAAAAGCUUUAGGUGCAACUCGUCCCUGGGCAACCACCAGCGCAUCCACACCGGGGAGAAGCCCUACCGCUGCGAGGCCUGCGGGAUCGCCUUCGGCCAGAGCUCGGCGCUCAUUCAGCACCGCCGCAUCCACACUGGCGAGAAGCCUUUCCAGUGCAGCACGUGUGGGAAGACAUUCCGCCAGAGCUCGUCCCGGAUCGCCCACCAGAGGAUCCACACCGGGGAGAAACCCUACGAGUGUGCCACCUGUGGGAAGCUCUUCAACCACAGGUCCUCCCUGACCAAUCACUACAAGGUUCACGUGGAAGAGGACACCUAGAAAGUCCCA